GCUAUUUAGUUUUGCUUAUUGCUACAACACGGCCGGCGAAAUAUAUUUGAAAGUGGAUGGGCCAAGAUAUAAAAGUCUUGAAAGGGCCUAGAAAAGGCCGCCACCGCUUGGCGGCAAGAAAAUUUUUAAGAAUUAUUGUGUCUUAGGGGUGGCCAGAAACUGUAUCUAAAAUGAAUUUUGACUGAAGGUGUCGCAUAGUCGCAUUAAUUGUGAUGUUGACUUGAAACAGAAAAGUUUUGCAAAGUUUUAGAAUAACCACUAUCAUAUAGCUCGUGAUGAAACCUUUUUUAGAUUUUAAAAUUACCCGAAAUAAGAUUGGGGAGAAAAAUAAAUGAAACACGGGUUAAUAAAAAAUAUUAACGCUGAAAUAUCAACAGAAGAACUAUCGACUGGAAAUAAAAAUUUAAGCAAUUUUGUACAGUUAAGAUAUAACUUUGUAACAUCUGAUCUUAACUUUUUCGGAAAUUAAAUGCUUUAAAAAAGAUUUGGAAAAACUUGAAACUGGGCUUGUCCAAGGGAGUUUAAAUAGAAUAUAUAACUGCGUCGAUAUUUUCUCUUUCUUAGUAAGAAUGGAUCAUCCAAACGAUCAAACUCUGAAGUUAUCUUGAUGAUACUUUUUAAGAACAAAUCUGCCCUUACUUUAUUUCUCAUAUCCUCAAAAAAGUUCUUUCCAGCUGUUUCUUUUCCUUCAGCAGCUGAUUUCUCUCUCUUUGCGAUGUUUCUGAGAAAGUUUUCGUUAACAAAUAGACCCCGUGUGCCAAGUUUAGGCAAUGGAAAAAACGAAACUCCGUCAAUUUGUGCUGGCACCAAGUUAUUUUGGACUAGAUUUCUCGAUCUAUUUGCUAAGCCAAGCUGUCACUCGUUGUAAAGCUUAGACAAUGACCAAUUUUCUUCGAUCUUAUUCCUAUAUUCAAUACUGUGUAUGUCUUCUAUGGUAAAACAUAGCAACCAAGGUAAAGCUAAGGACACAUUCAAGAGAAUACUAGGCAAAGUUACUUACAGAAUCAUAUACUACAUUCACUUUCACUUUUGCCUAAAAUUUUUCUUCAGCUCUCCAGAAAAGUGGGAGGGAGGGCCACGGCCACCCCGGCCCCCACGGUUUCGCCGGCCCUGUAAUAAAUAUCUGAAACGUAUCAAUAGCAAUAAGUAAUAAUAGAGUAAAAAGGUUUUGAUAAUUAUUCUAAAAGAACGAGUGAGAGAAGGAAAGGCUUUGAUGCUCAUGUUAAGCAAAAUUUGAAAACGAGAAAGGAAGGUUUUCAAAUCAGAAUCUAGUGUAAUUUACCAUAAUAGCAAGCCAUUGAACAAAUAGUUCAGGGGAAAUGUUUUUAUAAUUUCUUUCAGGUAUACUCACGUGCAAUUUUUACGCAUUCUGGUUUUUUUUAUCAAAAGCUUCCGGUUUUGCAUUCGGUCAUUGGGAAAGUACCUCCACAUAUUCUUCUAAAUUAGAGCUAACAACUUCAAACAUUUCAUAAAGCUUGUGAAAUAACGGAAGUCAUCACGUAAAUUUUCUUGGAAAUAUCACUCUUUCUGUUACACUCAGGGGUGUAGUGCUAGGCUGAGCCCCGUUGUUAUUGCCAGAAAUGGCAAAUUUCUACUUUUGUUAUUGCUUUUUUGCAAAAGUUUGUUAAAGACACCCCCCCCCCUAUGUUAAUAGCACUACACCACUGAUUGCGAAUCGUCAAAAGCCAGUACGUUUGUGCCCUCAUUUACUAUAUGUUCUUAAGUUUGAUGCGAGACAACAUUUAUUUUCUGCUGUUUUCAAGUGUCCAUUAGCUGAGGUUUCUCUGCAUUCUCAUCGCUUAAUCACAUGAUGGUCUUUUCUGUACGGCUUUUGGUUUUUGGUUUAUGGUUUUUUAAAAGUCAGUUGAAACACAGGAGUUAUAUACAAACUGCAAACUUUUUUUUAAAACAUUGAUUUUCCCAAUUUUGAUUUUUUUUAUAUAACGUUGUAAUAUUAUUUAAGAUUAUGGUAUCAAACUAGAGGGUUGUUUUUAAUAACGAUAAAUUCUGUAAACGGUAGACGAUAAAUGCUCUUCAAUGCAUUCCCUUUGAAUAAUCCAUUCAUAAAGAUUUCUUCAAAAUUUCACUGAAGCAUACUUAGUAGUUUCCUCUGACACUCCUCAAGAGCGUGAACAUCUGAUAAUGACCAAAAGAUAAGGUGUAAUGUAGAUGUAGAUGCAGGUCGAAUAUAGCACGAUUAGCCGAAUGACUCGUAGAACAGUCUUCCUCAUUUUUAGCCUGUGGUCCAGACCCCUUUCAAGUUAGAGGUCUUGAACAUAGUAUUUUUUGGCAUCGGCAAAUGUUUCCGAUCAUUUUUUAAGCCACAAAGUUACUACACAAUUACUUGCCGUUUUGCAGUACGAUUAACUGGCUCUAAAAGUAUUUGUGAUCCACGGACAAUUCUUCUGACCCUUAUUCUGUUUAAUUUCACGAAAGAAUCGAAGGGUUUUUUCGUUCUUUUAGAUAAUCUUUCUUGACAUUGAAAAUUUCUUGUUUUUUUCUUGUUAAAGCAACAUCUUUGAAUCGAAAAAAAUGUAUUUUUCAUGGACAAUGAUGUUUGUGCUGAAAAUUAGGUUUUUGAAGGCGAUUAAGUUCCAAAAUUGAAUGCUGUUUUACUAACACUCUAAAUCUCAAUUAUUUUGGAAGACGCCCUAAGAGAUCUACACUAAAACAGCAAAAUGACACCUUCACUUCAUGAUCAUCAUGAAACAACAUAAAAUAGAAAACAAAUACCAAAGACGUUUUCUGUCUUUCAAUUUUCCAAAUGAACUGAAAAAAAUAGGGACCCAAAAAACAACUUGUCAGAAUACAAUGGUCAGACAUCCGUUCUUGAUAUUGGGCCCACUGGUUGGAAAAGAGGGGGUGGUACAACAUUUGUGUAGUGCCAUGAAAAAAGGGCAAAAUUAGGAAUGCUUGUCAAACCCCAAUGCGGUGAAUACCAAUCCCUUCAACUGCAUUCUCAUUUUAAUGCUUGGAUUUGCUUUAUCAAUAUGUAUUUGUAUCGUUUUUAAGGCAAUUUAAGACCCUCGAAAAUGACCCCAACAGACAAAAGAAAGAAAUAGCAGUGACUACUUUUUGCAUAAAGGGUAGCCCCUCUCGUUCGACUUUGAACUUUUCCCAGAUCUGCCAUUAGUUGCAUGUAGUGGAGUAAGAGGUUUCAGCUGCGCGCUUUCCUGGAAAAUAAGCUGGUUUCUGUGCUUCAGUUUCGUUUGGAUUAGCAAAGAAAUUUGACUCUAUUUUGAAUGUAUAUUUGCCAGUGUAACAUGACCGACCAUCACAGUAUAUCAUUUACCUGCCUUGUGUACAUUGUCACCUGACCAUCUUUGCUGUUUUUUGUUAUGACUAAAGCUGUUACAAGAUAUCCAAUCGUUGUAUGAAUUUUAGAUCUCAAAUUAUGCAACUUGAAAAAGGUAAAUGGUAGGGAACAAUCGAACUUCCAGAUACGGAUCUGCUGCACGUGCUGCUGACUAAAGGGAGUCAACCUUUUUCAAAUUAGAUUAAUCAAACACAUUAGAUUUGUAAACUGUCACUGCACCAAAGUAGAAUUUAUUGAACAAAAAGAAAGACUUCUAAACUGUUACUGUUACUGUUUCUUUAACAAUAAAAACUCAAUACUGCCAAAGGAAGUUUAUAAAUGAAGAUACUGCCGUAUAACCUCGACUUUUCGCAAGAGAGAAAAUAAUCGGUCACCAGCAGUACGUAUUGCUUCAUUGCAUCACGUGUUACCUCCAAGCAUAAAGCCACUCCACGGUGCCACUAUAUUCCCGUAAAGCGUUUCCAAAUCCUGGCGAUGGUGUUAUUUUUCGUAAGGUUACACGUAAUCUUUUUCAUUAUUCAUAGUAUUCUUAGUCAGGUUUAUUAAUACCAUAAUUAAGAUCUAAUUAGAAGAAGCCUACUCAUUUUCUUACUUUCAUAUUUGCUCGUGCUAGUCCGCUUCUUGGUUUUAACAAUUUCUGCUCGCUCACAGGGAAAGAAAACAAAGUUUCCCCUUUAUAUUUCUGAGGGUAUUUUGGAGUAGAGCAGAAUGCCCCAACGCCAGUUAAUCUUCAAGGUUACCCCAUGGUACUGUACUGGCAUUUCCUUACAUCAACAGAUCUGUGGUAGAUAGAGAGUGGAAAUCACCGAAGCUUCAUAAAACAGAUUGAACAUUGCAAUCCAUGUACUGGAAUCCAGUCAACGGCGGUGUGCAAUAAGUGCAAUUGAUGACGAUAAAGCCAUGCUAAGCGCCUUUACUGAAGCACUAAUCAUUCUCAAAUAGUUCAAUCCAAAAGACAAUAUUUAAUGUGUACGAAUUUAAGCUUGUAGAGAGAGUCUUUUUGGACUGUCACAGACAAGACAUAAACAAUGCGGUGCGUGGAACGUUUCGUCUACUUUUUUUGCUCAACCGUUGUACUUUUUGCUUGCCUUGGUACCUUCGCCUCUUACUUUCUGUCCACGAGAACAAAUGAAACACACAAACAGACAACGAGGAUCGUAAAAAUAGUUUGCCCCUUGGUCAUGAUUGGGGGGUUUAUUUUGAUGGCAAUAACACGAUGCUGCUUUCAGGAGAAGCCAAGGAAUCCAGCAAAUCUGCAAGGAGGAGAGCUUUUUUGGCGUCGCUCACAGAUUGACGGGCUCCAAGCUAAUGGAGUAGGAUACGGAAAUAGAAGCUUCUAUUGGCAUGAGCUUGAUGUUUAUACCCUGCCUACGUACUCAGAAUCAGUUAACAAUCCUCGUUGUUCUAUUCGCCAAGGUGAACUUCCACCGAAAUAUGAGGACAUUAUGGGAACCAUCAUGGACAAUGAGGGCUUGGAGAGUGAAGAAAUGCAUGAGGCGUGUCAAGAUUCGCUGGAACUCUCUACUUCAAGCGGUAGAGUAAUCAAUGUUUUAUCGCAGACUAGCCCAGCCCAAGAUUGCGAAAUAGAAAUGAUCAUAAAUGGCAACAACAGCAACAACAGAAACAGCUGUAAUGAUAACAGCAACAACGAUAAUGAUGACAGUAACAACAACAUUUGCAGUGAAAAAAUUAACGAGAAUAACGCUACAAAUCUUGAUAGAGAGAAAUGACAUUGGGUUCUUUGGUCAGCAGGUGUUUUGGUUCGUUGCUGAGGAAGAGCAUCGGCAAUUCCAGCCAUUUCCGUUAUAGUUUUUAGGCGACCAAGAUUUAUUUUCCAGAUAGGAAAAAACCUAAAAGAAAACUCGGAGUUUAUUCGCAUAGUUCAUGUGAACUCCUGUAACUCUACACGACAGCACAAUAGAUCUUACAGCUGUUUUUGAGAUAAUUCCAGUUUUAUGGAAUAUUUAACGUCCUAGCAUACCAGCUGCAAUAUACAAUCGCCUGCGUUUAUUUUCAGCUACGAAAUACGUGUUUGCAAGUAUGAAACAUUAUUUUCGCCAUGUUCAUACAAACUCGAUACUGAAAUAAGUGUUACCGUUAAACUCGAGGAGUUGACCCGUUUUCUUGAAAUUAAAUUGCAAGGUGACAUUCCUGUGAAACAGAGCCAGGAAUUCUCGGAAAAUAUACUGUGCAGGGAUAGUGCCACAUUCUAGAUAAAAAAUUUGUUGUAAUUAAAAUUUGAAUUUUUGAAGAUUUUCAGUGGCUUUUGCUGGUGUUAUAAUUGAUACAGUGAAGUAAAAAAAUCUAUAUAUCUCUAUAAAACUUUGUUCAAUUUGAUCUGUUGAAAUAUUAUAUAUUCUUUAAGGUAAUAACAUUAUAUUUCGCUAAUUUUCCAUUGUUAGAGCUUUUUGCGCAUAAAUUUACUGUAUGGACUCAACCAAAAACUUUACAGGUAUAGAAUUCACCUUCAACUUGAUUGACGUGCACAUUAUGGACAUGUUUACCCCAACGGUGUCACAUAAACUGUUCAUAUACAAGGAGGUCCAUCCGCAGUUAUCAAAAAUCACUUAAAACUAUCAGAAACAAAUUUAAAAGACCCAAAAUUAUCAGUUUUGGUCAGACCCAAUAAUAUAAAAAAUGAAAUCUUGUUGUGGGAACCACUAGUACAUAAGAAACCACUAGUCAAAGUAAUUGAGACUGUUUCCUAUAAUGAUAAGUUUAAACACACCUGUUAUUUCAUUCUUCUUUUGAUAUCGUUAUGUGAUAGUUGAACCCAUAAAUAUCCAAAAACUAUAUAGUUAAAUCAGGUACCCAAAAGGGUCAGAUCACCAGGACAAUUUUUAUCAAUAAUUAUCGGAUUGACCCAUUCUGUAUAUAAAAGUUCAGAUAACCCCCUGGGAUAUUUUCAAGCGUUAUCCUGUGCAAAUACUAUUUAACAAUAUCAUAGAUCAGCUAUGUACAUGAGCUUUUUGCUAGUCAAUAUAGACCAAAAAACCUCCCGAGGAAUCUACAUCAGCAUUCAAUUAUGGUAGGUCGUAUGACUUUAUGCAUUUUAUAUAAUACUGUUUGGAGGUAAAUUACUAUUUUUCUGUCUUUAUUUCUAUUGCCAGUUUCAAUUUUUUAGUCUCCAGUUUUUAGCAUUGUAGUCGGAAAAACCAGUUGGUCUAUGGUUUUCAAAUGCUCGUGGCAUUUCCAUCAAGGGUUCGCUUCCCCAUCUAAUCUUCUAGUUAGAUGGAGGAAUGUAUUUUCUUUUCAAUGUCUACAAUUUUUUAUGCCAACCAGCCAAUCAUAUUGGCUGACUGUUUCGAAAUCUCGUUGUUCUUGCCUUUUUCAAAAUUCAAAAAGUUUUUAAUUGCUUGCUUCCAGUACUAAAAUUUUGUAACUCUUUCCGACUGCCAAGUACCCGUUUCUUGUAGAGAGUUUCAGAUAUGGAUGAAGUGACAGUAAUAAAACAUAAAGAGAAAAAUCUUCGUUUUUAUGCAGUGAGGAAAGUUCCGGUGGGAAUAUUUUCAUCUAUUCAGAAAUUUUUACAGGAGCAUAUCUAAUUUUGGUCUUCGUUGGGCCAUAGUAAAUAAAAAAGUGACUAUGGUUGAGCAAUGUUUUGGUUGUCAUUUUUAAUGUGCUAAAUGUUUUGUUUCUUAAAGUGAACUUGAGAAACAUGAAAGAGGUUUGAAACGGGAAAUCUUUAUAAUCGCUACUCGUUUAAGUCCCCGCCUUAAAAAUAAACCGAUUUAUAACAGCUCAAAUAAUAAUUGUUACUGUUGAACCUCUACACAUAACGGACGGACAAAUAUACCGGUCCAUUAAGAGGCUUGCCUCAGGUCUUGAAUUUACAAAAUGCGAAGGAGCGUUCGUUUAUCUACUCGACCGCCAUUUUGAUAUUGAACAGAGUGAAAAAGAAAUGGAUGUAUUACUUGCUGAAAUUGAGCGGAAAAGAAAGCAAAUCGACUCAAAUGAAGUCACAUCGAAUAAAAAGUAUUUCCGACGGGGAGAGCUUGCAGCAAAACAAGAAGAAGAAUAUCGGAAGAGGCAAGAAGAAAAGUUGCGAAGCAAAGGCCUACUUGACGACAGAGCAGGGUCUAGCAAGACAGACCUUCAAGGGGAUAUUGCAAAAGCGUUAGACAAAGGAAAAAAGGCAUCCGAUGGCGAAAAGAAGGAAAAGAAACUCUCACACGAUGAAGUUGUAAAACGCCUGAGGGAGAAAGGAGAACCAAUAAAACUAUUCGGGGAGACGAACGAUGAAACUGCGCAACGGCUACGCUAUGUGGAAAUGAUGGCAAAAGAAGACGACAAGGGCCUUAGAAAUGAUUUCAAAGCUGCAAUGGAUAAGAUCGAUCAAGACUUUUUAGAUGAACUUGUUAAUAAUCAGGGACAAGCAGGUGCAAAGGAAGCCAGUGAUAUUAAAGUCAAAGGUGAUUUUAUUGAACUUGAAACAAUACAAAGUAUGGCUGAAGAGUUGGGCAAAGGGAAUGGUGAAAAAGAUGCCGAAUUCAUUGUCACAUUUUUGGUACACUUACAACAUCUCUGGGCUAGGGGUCUCAAUGCACGUGAUCAGAACUUAAAAACAAGCCUCCAAGGUAAACUUGAAAGUGCUAGGUUUCAUCAGACUGUUGAAUAUAUGAGACCUCUUUUUAAAAGCCUCAGAAAUAAGAAAAUUGAUGAAGUUAUUUUGGAAUCACUAACUGAAAUUGUUUCUUCAGUGUUGGAAAGGGAUUAUGUGAAAGCUAGUGAUCAUUACUUGCAAAUGGCCAUUGGCAAUGCACCUUGGCCAAUUGGAGUAACUAUGGUAGGUAUCCAUGCUCGUACUGGAAGAGAAAAGAUUUUCUCAAGACAUGUAGCUCAUGUUCUCAAUGAUGAAACUCAGCGGAAAUAUAUCCAAGGAUUGAAAAGACUUAUGACAUAUGCACAAAAGGUGUACCCUACUGACCCCUCAAAAUCUGUUGAAUAUAAUGGUCUAAAAUUAUAGUCAACAGGUGACAUUUGAUGAAAGUUUUCUAUCUUUUCUUCCUCAAGCUGCCAUUGCUUAAUGAUGUUUAUAAACAUGGACAAUUGAAAAUCUUUUCAAAUAAUCACAUUCUGUAUUUUAAUGCUUCACAUUGAAAAAGCUGUGUUACACUGCAGUGUUGACUGUGAAUUCCUAUUUAAAUAGCAAGCCCCAUACUUUAUACAUUUGUUUGAUAGUGAAUUGAUGAGGAACCUUUCAAGUGGACACAGAAAUUAAAAUGUAAUCAUUCUGUUUUAAAAUUAUUUGUUAAACUGUUAUUGUAUUAUACUCUUAAAGACACAAAACCCUUGAGUUUCAGUAUUUUUGUUAUGCAAUUUCACAGCUUCAUAAUUUUUUUUAUUAAAACAAAAAUGAGAAAAAGAGAAACCAUUUGAAGAAA